UGACUGUUACACUGGUUUGGCACCUGAACCACUGUUGAGAACAGCCUGGAGUAAAUUUUUCAACGUGUUUCUCAUACAGGUCAGGCUGUGAGGCUGCAGUGAUGGCUGUGAAGCUGCAAGGCUUUGAGUUCUGGAAGACCACGCUGAGGGGAGCGCGUUACGUCGUUGCACCCAUGGUGGACCAGAGCGAACUGGCCUGGCGUCUACUGAGCCGUCGCCACGGCGCUGAGCUGUGCUACACGCCCAUGCUGCAUGCGCAGGUGUUCAUACGUGACGCCAACUACAGGAGAGAUAACCUGUACAGCGAAGUCUGCCCCGAAGACAGGCCGCUUAUUACACAGUUCUGUGCCAACGACCCAGAGGUGUUUGUCCAGGCAUGUCUACUGGUUCAGGACUACUGUGAUGCCAUUGACCUCAACCUGGGAUGCCCACAGAUGAUCGCAAAGAGAGGGCACUACGGAGUCUUUCUACAGGAUGAGUGGGACCUGCUGGAGAAGAUGGUGAAGCUAGCCAAUGAGAAGAUCUCUGUUCCCAUCACCUGUAAGAUCCGUGUGUUUAACAAGAUGGAGAAGACUGUUCAGUACGCUCAGAUGCUGGAGAAGGCAGGCUGCCAGCUGCUGACUGUUCACGGUCGGACCAAGGACCAGAAAGGACCCGCGACAGGCAUCGCUAGCUGGGAACACAUCAAGGCUGUACGGAACGCUGUUAACAUCCCUGUGUUCGCUAACGGUAACAUCCAACACUUGAGUGAUGUGGAGCAGUGUAUAGAGGAGACUGGAGUACAGGGGGUGAUGAGUGCAGAGGGGAACCUCCAUAACCCAGCUCUGUUUGAGGGUCGUAGCCCUCCUGUAUGGGAGAUGGCUGAGGAGUAUCUCGAGGUGGUCAACCAAUACCCUCCCUGUACCCUGUCCUAUGUCAGAGCACACCUCUUCAAGCUCUGGCACCACACACUGCAGAUCCACAAGGACCUGAGAGAGGAGCUGGCUAAGGUGAAGAACCUGCAGGGGCUGACAGAGAUCAGCAGACAACUCAGACUACGCUGCCAGGAGGAAAUAACCAAUGGAGGAGAGGAGGCGGGGCAGGGGGUUGGGCUGCCGUUCCCUCAUUGGAUCUGCCAGCCGUACGUCAGACCAGUGCCGAAGGAUCCGGUUGCUAACGGUAACGGUACGGGGUGUGGCGGUGUGGAGGUGAAGGCAGUGUGUCACAAGAGGGCGUUAUCACAAGAGGACUCGGACGGUGCGAGCGAUGCCCUCUCCAAAAACAAACAGAAGAAGAAAGCCAGAAACCCCCACAAGAACUUCUGUCCCGAGCAGAAACUAAAGUACAUCAAAUGUGAGCAGUGUGGAAAUCCAAAGGGUAAUAAGUGUGUAUUCAACCUGUGUCGAGGCUGCUGUAAGAAGAAGGCCUACAAGGAGGUGGCAGACUGUCCAAGUCACGGGCUGAGGUUCAAGACUAAGGCAGAGAAACAGAAGGCAGAAGAGGAGGAGGAGGAGGGGAACAGAGGGAUAGAGGAAGGAAAGAGUGGAGGAUUAGAGGAGGAAGAGAUCGGGACCCCCAGCACCCCCACAGACCCCCAACAGACCCCCACAGAGGACAGACAGACUGUGGCCUGAGACAUGGACAGACAGGGACAUAGACAUCCAUUCAUACAUAGAGCAGUACACACCCAGCUGGAUGUGAGAAACUUUAUCCAUCAGCAGGAUACAGAGACACUAGAACAUGCACAUAUUGAAAGGCACACACAUGUUCAUCAAUACUCUCUCACCAUUGUCCUCCAUUGCUGAUGUGCUGGACUGGCUGACUGGUUUUAUUGGGGUUUCACCACUACACCCUCCUACCUGACUGACUGGGGGAGUCUUCCUGGACUAGCUCCACUGGGACUGAUGUAAUGGAUGGACUCAUUUCUCUCUUGGUUUUUUGCAUAACAAGUUAGCUUUGAAGUCAAUUGGAGAUCCUGAUUUACUGACAGGAGGGAAAGAUUGAAGUCAAUGGGAGAUUCACCGAAAAAAGUUCAGUUACAUGUGGAGCUUUCUAGUUGGUAUACAGGAAGGAGGAAAAGCUCUUGUUGUAACAGUACUAUCCAGUACAGCGCAAUCUUUAUUUGUCUUUCGUUGUGGUUAAUAAUGGGACUCUUUCCUGGUGAUCUUUGUCAUGUUUUUUCCCCCCGAACUAGAAUGUUUUAUCAACAGACUGUUAGAAAAGGGACUCUCUUUGUCUAACAGAAGUCAUGUCAAUUUUUUUUUUUUUUAUAUCAUUUUUCAUCAAGCUCCUAGUCUUGUUCUCAGUUGGUAGAGCAUGGCGCUUGCAACGCCAGGGUCGAUUCCCAAGGGGGGCCAUUAUGAAGAAGAAAAAAAA